AUGUCCAAGUUCAGUGAAAGAAACCCUUCUCCCGGUCGACUUCAUGUCUCUGCAGAACCUCCAAUGGAGCAGAUGGAAGUGAAGCAGAAGAAGUGUGACAUUCCUUCACUUGGAGAAAUCAUGCUCCAGUUUGAUUCCCCUGGUGUCCUCCACGAUGAGACUGAAACUCAGCUUAAAACUGAGCAGACCUCGUCUUGUGAACCGACACAGAACCAGGAACUAGCUCCUCAGAGCUGCUUGAACCAGGAACCAGUUCCUCAGAGCUCUUUGACUAAACCUGGCCCUAAGAAGCAGAGGAAGCAGAAACCAACCAAGGAUCUGCAGGAUGGGCUUGAAGAGCCAAAUCAGAAGCUUUUCCACAAGUGGACGAGGAAAGUCUCCCCCGAUAGCGCCUGCACAGGCGAGUUUAUCCAACACAGAGACUCAGCAGGUGAAAACCAUCAGAAACAACUCACCCUGUGA